UAUAAAAACAAAUGGAACUGCGCUGCAGUCGAUUUAGUUGACAGAAUUCUCGACGUAGUCACAGCAAACCCAAAGGCGGCUAAAAAUCAACGUUUGUUCAGUUCGAACAUAUCAAAAUUCUGGUUAUAUCCCAUUGAGCAAAUAUCCUAAAUUUCAAGCAAAAUGGCUUCACGCGAUGCGGCAUCAAAUCAGUUGAUUGACUACAAAAACUCCCAAACGAUUUCGCCGGGAGCCAUUACCACUGGUCAUGGAGCCCCCAUUGGCAUCAAGGAUGCCACCCAGACGGUUGGUCCCCGAGGUCCCGUCCUGCUGCAGGAUGUCAACUUCCUGGAUGAGAUGUCCCACUUUGACAGGGAGCGCAUCCCAGAGCGUGUGGUGCACGCCAAGGGAGCCGGUGCUUUUGGAUACUUCGAGGUGACCCACGACAUCUCUCAAUAUUGUGGAGCCAAGCUGUUCGAUAAGGUUAAGAAGCGCACUCCACUUGCCGUGCGAUUCUCCACCGUGGGUGGUGAGAGCGGAUCUGCUGAUACGGCCCGUGAUCCUCGAGGAUUCGCCAUUAAGUUCUACACUGAGGAUGGUGUCUGGGAUUUGGUUGGCAACAACACACCAAUCUUCUUUAUUCGUGACCCGAUCCUGUUCCCCAGCUUCAUUCACACACAGAAGCGCAACCCGCAGACCCAUCUCAAGGAUCCCGACAUGUUCUGGGACUUCCUUACCCUGCGUCCAGAGUCCGCUCACCAGGUGUGCUUCCUGUUCGGCGAUCGUGGUACCCCUGAUGGCUACUGCCACAUGAACGGCUACGGCUCUCACACCUUCAAACUGAUCAAUGCCAAGGGUGAACCGAUCUACGCCAAGUUCCACUUCAAGACGGACCAAGGCAUCAAGAAUUUGGAUGUGAAGACCGCCGAUCAGUUGGCCAGCAGCGAUCCGGAUUACAGCAUCCGCGAUCUGUACAACAGGAUCAAGACCUGCAAGUUCCCCAGCUGGACGAUGUAUAUCCAGGUCAUGACCUUCGAAGAAGCCAAGAAGUUCAAGUACAAUCCCUUCGAUGUUACCAAGGUCUGGUCGCAGAAGGAGUAUCCUUUGAUUCCGGUGGGCAAAAUGGUGCUGGAUCGCAAUCCCAAGAACUACUUUGCUGAGGUGGAGCAGAUCGCCUUCAGCCCCGCUCACAUGGUUCCCGGCAUUGAGCCCUCUCCCGAUAAGAUGCUCCAGGGACGUCUGUUCUCCUACUCGGACACCCACCGCCACCGUCUGGGACCAAACUACUUACAGAUCCCGGUGAACUGUCCCUACAAGGUGAAGGUGGAGAACUUCCAGCGGGAUGGACCCAUGAAUGUUACGGACAACCAGGAUGGUGCCCCCAACUAUUUCCCUAACUCCUUCAACGGUCCCCAGGAAUGCCCCAGGGCCAGGGCUUUGUCCUCCUGCUGCCCAGUGACUGGAGAUGUCUACCGGUACAGCAGCGGAGACACUGAGGAUAACUUUGGCCAGGUCACCGAUUUCUGGGUGCACGUCCUGGACAACUGCGGCAAGAAGCGCCUGGUACAGAACAUUGCUGGUCACUUGAGCAACGCCAGCCAGUUCCUGCAGGAGCGUGCCGUCAAGAACUUCACCCUGGUGCACGCCGAUUUCGGUCGCAUGUUGACCGAAGCCCUUAACCUGGCCAAGUCCUCGAAGUUCUAAGCGGAGAGCAUUUCCUCGAAUCCGACUUGGUUAUUGGCCUUAAUUACGAUUAAUCCACUGGAACUCAACCAACACUACCCACUCCGAAAUUGACUAACAAAAGCAAACGCUUUUCGGAUCAUUGGUUGCGGGCUAAAAUUGAUUUAACCACAUAAUGUGUCUUGUCUUGUUUUGAUAUUCAAAAUUGUCUUAGCUAUACACAAAAUACAAUUAUAUGCAAUAAAUUCUAAAUAUUUUGAUAAAA